AUGGAUGGUUUUAAUGCACAUCCAAGUGUGGAGCAUGGAAGAAAGGUGUAUAGAGCUGCCACCAAAGGGAACUGGAGAAUCAUAGACAGGUCCUUCAACAACGAACCCCGAUUACCAAAAUUCCCCUAUUUCACCAUCAGGAGACACAAUUCUCCACCUGAUUGCGCAAUGCCGUCAAGCGAAACUCUUGUAAAGAUCCUAGAUGUGGCAACAGAAGACGCCUUGAGUGCCACGAGUGAUGAGGGGAACACUAUACUCCACGAAGCAGCAAUAGCAGGGAAUAUAGAGAUGGAUGUGUUUGCACAUCUAGCAGUGGAACCGGAGAUGAUGGGCCGGAGGAGUGAAGGUUGUCUAAGAAGGAAUGAUGGUGCCACCAUCGUUCAUGCUGCCAUGGUUGGAGAAUUCUAUGAUAUUUCGGUGGGGAAGGGGGCAUCGCCUUUGCACAUAGUGGCAACCUCACAAAAGGCAUUCAAAAGUGGGACCAUCUAUUAUCCCACGAAUAUUGGGGUUUCCACCUCAAUUAUCAUGGAGACUAUUGGAAAAGUCAUCUAUACAAGAAAACUUGCAAAGCAAUUGGUGCAAAGUGACUCGAAGCACAGCUAUGAAUAUGAGGGAAAAAAUCCAUAUAAGAAGCAUAAUUCGACUAAUGUUCUUGUUGAUGGCGAAUCAAAGGAGAAUGGGGUAGAAAGUCCCCUGAUUUUGGCUACAAAGAAGGAUAUAGUUGAGUUAGUGAGACAAAUCCUUAAAGUUUUCCCGGAGGCCAUAGAGUUCUUGGAUAAAGAUGGAAAGAGUAUAUUGCACUUGGCUGCAGAGUACAGAGCAGAGAAGGUAUUCAAAAUGUUGAGAUCGAUGGGAGCACCAGCAUCAAUUAUGGUGUUGGGCAUUGACAAUCAAGGGAACUCUAGUGUAAAGCAUGUGUGCCCCCCUUGCAUAAUUUCACAUAAGAACAUGGAUGAUCAAACAGCCCAAGAAUUGUUCACAGUUACUCACAAGAGCCUCUUGAAAGAAGGUGAAAAUUGGCUCAAAGACGGGGCAAAAUCCUGUAUAAUUGUGUCCACGCUCAUCGCCACCAUUCUGUAUGCCACAUGCUUCACGGUGCCCAGAGGCAACCAACCUAAUGGCCUUCCUACCUUCUUAUAUGAACCGAGUUUUAGACAUUUCAUGGAUUACUUGGAGCGGUCCCUUUUCGCCUCCUCAUUAUCCUUGGCAUUUUUCACCUCAAUCUUGACCACACGAUGUGAGGAAGAGGACUUCUAUUUUAUGCUCUGUCAAGAAGAAGCAGCUUCUGCUAGUGGGUUGAUGAGGAACUUGGAGACUGAUCUGAAUUUCACAAUUAAAGAUUUGUUUUCAUAUAAGACUGGGUUCUAUCAUCUAUGUUUCGGUUUUACUGGUUUCAUUGAAUGUGUGAUGCCUGUGGAUGAUUAA